AUGGCAUUAGAUUUAGAAAAACUUCUGUUGCGAGAUAUUGUCAGACCAUUUAAGAAAAUUUUACCAAAAGAAUUAAAAGCGGAUCUUCAACAAUGGUAUAUUGGUCAAGAAGCUCCUUAUAGAGCGAGAAUGAUUCCUCCUAGAAUUAAACCAUUCGUAUCAACAAUUAUUGGAAAUGGACAUAUCGGACAAUUGGCUGCGUGGAUUGACAAUAAACAAGAACCAUAUCUCUCAAAAAAUCCUUACGAAUUCAAGUUGUUAAUGCUUGGUAGUCGUGAUGGAUUAUAUAACGGAUACUUAUCAUCACGAGACAGUUUCAUAUUUUCUUUCGACAAUAAUAAGAAUACGACAAAUUGUAUCCUUUCUCGUGUCGAAAAUCCGGAUUACGCCAUUUUUAAUUCCGAUAAUAAUUAUAUUGGUUUUGGUAGCGAUUUGGAAUGGUUCGGUGGAACUUGUGAGAGAUAUAAUUAUCAAAGAAAAAUUCUUAAUCAAAUUGAGUUCACUAUGGAAAAUUAUGAAGUGUUCCAAGUUAAAAAAAAGCAUAACUAUUAA